CCGUUUUAAUUAUUUGUACACAUUUAUUUAUAUGUUUAGAGGAAAUCCAGGCGGAUAAGCCACCACGCAUCAGGACAUCAGAGCAGCUUUUGGGCUACAGACACUUGUUUUUGUCUUUUUCUUUUUUGCAAAGGCUCUAAUUUUAUGAGCUGACGUACACAACCUAAACAUUUUAUUCUUUUUUUUUUUGCCCGUUUUAUGUUCUUGUUUUUUUUUUUUUCUGGAGAGGAAAAUAAUGUUCAGGAACGUGAGAUCAGAAGCACCGAUGGGUGGCCCGACCUUGUUUUGGAGUCUGAUGCUGUCUGUCUCCACUAUCUGCAUAUGGUCCACAUAUGGCGAGAUCUGUGGCCCGAGUAUCGACAUCCGAAACGACAUUCAUGAAUUUAAGCGGCUUGAGAACUGCACGGUGGUGGAGGGCUACCUGCAGAUCCUUCUCAUCAACGACAAGACCAGCAACAACAGCCACCAGGACGACUUCCGCUCCCUCAGUUUCCCAAAGCUGACCGUCAUCACCGACUACCUGCUUAUGUUCCGUGUCUCUGGCCUGGAUAGCCUCAGUGUGCUCUUCCCCAACCUGAGUGUCAUUCGCGGGCACAAUCUCUUCUACAACUAUGCCCUAGUGAUCUAUGAGAUGACCAGCUUAAAAGAUAUUGGCCUUUACAACCUGAGGAACAUCACCCGAGGGGCCAUGCGGAUUGAAAAGAACCCUGAGCUCUGCUACCUGGACUCAGUGGACUGGUCUCUUAUCAUGGAUGCAGAGGUCAACAAUAUUAUCAACGGGAACAAGAAAGCAAAGGAGUGUGACAAUGUCUGCCUGGGGAUCAUGGAGGACAGCUCUCUUUGUCAUCAGACGACCUUCAAUGACAAUCAUGACUACCGCUGCUGGACCUCUAACCGUUGCCAGAAAGUUUGCCCAAAGAACUGUAGGCUCGCUUGUACAGACAAGGGGGAGUGUUGCCACAGCCAGUGCCUGGGUAGCUGCACGGAACCGAACAACGACACGGCCUGCUCCGCUUGCCUCCAUUACUACCACGAGGGUCGGUGUGUACCAGACUGUCCCCUGGGGACUUACAAGUUUGAGGGCUGGCGCUGCAUUACCAUGGACCUGUGCUCUCAAGUCCACCUGCCCAGUGAGGUUCACUUUGUCAUCCAUGAUGGAGAGUGUAUGCCGGACUGUCCGUCUGGCUUCACACGUAACAAGACUGAUCGUAUGCUAUGCAGUGCUUGUAACGGCCCGUGCGAUAAGGUCUGCAGAUCCCCUGUCAUCGACUCUGUGGAUGCUGCUCAGUCCCUGAAGGACUGCACCGUCAUAGAUGGCAAUCUGGACAUCAAUAUUCGCCGUGGAAAUAAUAUAGCUUCUGAGCUGGAGAGAUUCAUGGGAUUGAUCCAGACAGUGACGGGCUAUGUUAAGAUUCGACACUCCCACGCACUUGGCUCGCUGUCCUUCCUCAAGAGCCUACGUUACAUCAAGGGGCAGGAACUCAUCGACAACAUGUAUUCGUUCUCCGCCAUCAACAAUCAGAAUCUGCAGUACUUGUGGGACUGGGCUCAGCAUAACCUGACUAUUGGCGACGGACGUCUCUUCUUCCGUCAGAACCCUAAACUCUGCAUGUCUGAAAUCCACAUGAUGUGGGAUAAAACCGGCAUAGCUGUAAUGCCAGAGGAGGGGGAUUUCCGCAACAAUGGCGAAAGAGCCAGUUGUGAAAGCCAUAUCUUGAAAUUCAAGUCCAACAUCACAUCAAGCCAUGCAAUCAAUCUUACAUGGGAGCGCUACCAGCCCCCGGAAAAUGGAACCCUUAUCAGCUUCAUAGUUUACUACAAGGAGUCUCCUUUCCAGAACAUCACUGAGUUUGAUGGUCAGGAUGGCUGUGGCUCAAAUAGCUGGCACAUGGUGGAUGUGGAUCUUCCAAAGGAUAACAACAAUGACCCAAAUGUUAGUCUUCAGCACCUCAAGCCCUGGACUCAGUAUGCUAUUUUUGUGAAAGCUAUCACCUUGCAAGAGAGGGAUAAACACACCACUGGGGCAAAGAGUGAUAUUAUUUACAUUCGCACGCACCCAUCAUUGCCGUCUGUGCCUAAAGAUGCCCGUGCAUAUGUUAAUUCCUCAACAAAGCUGGUGGUGAAGUGGUCACCUCCACUUUUCCCCAACGGCAAUCUUACUUACUACCUGGUCCGCUGGCAGCAGCAACCUGAGGAUAGAGAGCUCUACCAACAUAACUACUGCUCCAAAGACUUGAAGAUCCCAAUCUGGAUCCCACCGUCAGAGCUCACAGACAUGGAAGAGAACACCAAGCCCACCAAGUCAGACCUGACAGGGGCAGACAAGGCCCUGUGCUGUACUUGCCAGAAGACACAAGAAGAGAAGGACCGGGACAGGGACAACCGCAUCUUCUUUAAAGUUUUUGAGAAUUUUCUCCACAAUGCCAUCUUUCUGCCAAGACCUCCAGACCGUCGACGGAGAGAUGUUUUUGGCAUAGCAAACAAUACUCUGUUUCAUGAGGGCGGUAGAGGGAAUAUCACUCUCAGCCCAGGGGAUAACAGUACAGAUGGCAUUCCUCCUAUCAAAGAGUACCCCUUUUCAGAAGACAAGAGCACAACAGAGUAUUUAGAGAUCCCCAAUCUGCGGCCCUUCACCGUCUACCGUAUUGAUAUCCAUGCAUGUAAUGAAGAGGUGGGAAAGUGCAGCGCUGGAGCUUUCGUCUUCUCCAGGACCAGACCUGCAGUCAAAGCAGAUGACAUCCCCGGAAAGGUGAUUUUUGAGAGGAGUGACAAAGUUGAGGGGUGCGUGGUGCUGCACUGGCCAGAGCCUGUUAUGCCCAAUGGACUCAUCUUGAUGUAUGAGAUCAAGUUCCGUUUGGGUAAUGAGCCUGAGAAACACAGGUGUGUGUCGCGGCAGCAGUACCGCGAGCACAAAGGAGCUCGACUAACCAACCUGGGUUCGGGGAACUACUCUGCCCGUGUGCGCGCGACAUCUCUAGCAGGAAACGGCUCCUGGACAGAAAGUGUUUCCUUCUAUGUGCCUCCACCUAAACGAGAUGAUGGUGUUACAUUUUAUGUGGUCAUCAUAAUUCCCAUCAUUGUGACAAUUCUCAUCGCCAGUCUCAUCACCGUCCUCUUCUAUGUUAACAAAAAGAGGAAUAGUGACAGACUGGGGAAUGGAGUUCUUUAUGCAUCAGUCAAUCCAAAGUACAUCAGUGCUGCUGAGAUGUAUGUCCCGGAUGAGUGGGAGGUGGCAAGGGAGAAGAUCACUAUGCAUAGAGAACUGGGCCAGGGCUCCUUCGGCAUGGUGUACGAAGGCAUUGCAAAAGGAGUAGUGAAGGACGAACCUGAGACAAGAGUGGCCAUCAAGACGGUCAAUGAGUCAGCCAGCAUGAGGGAACGAAUUGAAUUUUUGAACGAGGCCUCUGUCAUGAAGGAGUUCAACUGUCACCAUGUGGUGCGGCUGCUUGGCGUGGUCUCUCAGGGGCAGCCAACUUUGGUGAUUAUGGAGCUGAUGACUCGCGGAGAUCUCAAGAGCCACCUGCGCUCCCUGCGCAAAGAAAACGCCACCAGCCAGGUCUUACCCCCACUCAAAAAGAUGAUCCAGAUGGCUGGAGAAAUUGCAGACGGUAUGGCGUACCUAAACGCCAACAAAUUUGUCCACAGAGAUCUGGCAGCAAGGAACUGCAUGGUAGCAGAGGACUUCACUGUGAAGAUUGGAGAUUUUGGCAUGACCAGAGAUAUUUAUGAGACGGACUACUACCGAAAAGGAGGGAAGGGUCUGCUGCCUGUCCGCUGGAUGUCUCCAGAGUCACUGAAAGAUGGCGUGUUUACUACAAUGUCUGAUGUCUGGUCAUUUGGUGUCGUGUUGUGGGAAAUCGCCACCUUAGCUGAACAGCCUUACCAGGGCAUGUCCAAUGAACAAGUGCUGCGCUUUGUCAUGGAGGGAGGACUUUUGGACAAACCUGACAACUGCCCUGACAUGCUGUUUGAACUGAUGAGAAUGUGCUGGCAGUAUAACCCUAAGAUGCGUCCGUCCUUCCUGGAGAUCAUCAACAGCAUCAAAGAUGAACUGGAUCCUCCCUUCAGGGAAGCGAGCUUCUUCUACAGCGAGGAAAACAAGCCGCCGGACACAGAGGAGCUGGACAUGGAGGUAGAAAACAUGGAGAACAUUCCACUGGACCCUUCAUCCGCAAGGCAGCCAUCGGCUGCUGUCAUUUCCUCGUCUGGGUGUACAGGAGGCAUCUCCCCUCCUUCUACCCAGCAGUUAUCCCCCAUGCAAGGACCGAGCACUCCAUUACUGGGACCUGUGUCUAACUCCCCAGUUGCCUCAGCCUUGGCAUCUCCAGGACAAGCCUCGAACAAGCACUCAGGACAUGUUUCGGCCAAUGGGCCUGUGGUGGUGCUGCGGCCCAGUUUCGAUGAGAUACAACCCUAUGCACACAUGAAUGGGGGCAGAAAGAAUGAACGGGCGUUACCACUGCCCCAGUCAUCAGCCUGCUGAUAUCAGACCCAGCCCCUCCUCCUUCCCCUUUUACACAGGGUAACACAGACCUCUCAUCUAUCUCUUAAGGAGGGAUGGAUGAGGUAAGAAAUUACUUUCUUCUACUGUGUGCCAGUAGAUGGUCUCUCCACUCUUAAGGUCAAGCAUAAACUUGCAAAACUGAAAAAUAGCACAGAGCAAUUGGAGUUUGGUGGCUCAAGCUCAACACUGGGGAACUCCAUCCUGCGCAGCCUGUAUCUGAGUCUUUGUUACGUACAAGUCCUUCAAGAAGGAAAAGAAUACAGGCGUGUAUCCUGACUUACAGAUUUACACAUGAACUUUAAAAAAAUAAUAAUUUUUUUUAGCAUAUCUGCCAGCAAAACCAACAGAAGAGCACUUUUUCCUGAUGAUUUCAGAGAUGAUGUGAUGGAUACUUGAGUGUGUAUUUAUACAAACACAUGAUUCUCUCCAUAAAAUGGUAUAGCUGCAUUUCUAAAAUUAAUUUCCAUCAAAAUGACAUGAUAUAUUUACAUGAGCGGACUGGCUCGUGUUGUGUGAGGAUUAGAAAGGUUGGACUAAGAUCAUUUUUUAAAUUUUUAACUAUUGAUGUUUCUAUGGGAUAUUAUCCUGUGUAGGUCAAAAUGGUAGAGGAGGGUCUAGUUUCUGCCAGACUAUUGCCAAACCAUGUUUUCUCUGCAGUUCCUUAAAGGUGUCCCUUCUUGCUGAAGGUUGCGGUUCAGAGUUAUGUCUGUGUGGACAAUAAUACCAAGAUUCUUUGGCUGUUUUCAGUCUUCAUGCUUAUCUUUAACUGCUCCUGGAGCAGUUGUGUGUAGGAGUUUGCUGCCUUCCCAAUUGGUUAGCAAUUAUUUCUUAUGUUUAAAGCAAAUAUACCAGAAUUUACUGAUUCCAGUUCAAAACUGGCGAUUGGCUUACUUGUUCUUGGGCUAUGUAAUAAAGUUCUUCAAUAUUCUGUGCACACCAAUCAUAGGAUGGCACAGUGGUGGAGUGACUAACGCUGUCGCCUCACAGAGAGAAGGUUCUGUGUUCAAAUGCAGACCUUCUGUGUGGAGUUUGCAUGAUCUCUCUGUGCCUGUGUGGGUUCUCUCCGUGUAUUCUGGCUUCUUCCCAGAGUCCAAAGACAUGCAUGUUAGGUUAACUGGUGAUUCUAAAUCACCAAAGAGCCUGUUUUAAUAUGUGACUUGUAGUCUAAAGUGCUUUGAGUGGUCAGUAAGACUAGAAAGGAGUUCAAGUACAUUACAAACAACUGGCAGAUUAAUAGAAAAUGACCAACCCCCCCCAAAACAUUAAUUGUAGCCCAAUCAAUUCUUUCAUAUAAUAACAUUUGAAAAGCCAUCAUGCUGGUGGUGCACCCUUCAUCAAAUUCAGCUUUCAAACAUCUGAAGGAAUUAUGCAAUUGAGUGAAGCACAGCUAACUCUGACUCACAGCCUCGGCCUAUCUUUUUUUUUUUAAUUUAAAGUAUCAGAAGGUCACACUGCAAAUCAGCAAAUCACUGAACUUUAUACUCUAGGAAUACAACUCUGGCUCCACUUUGACUUCUUCAAACUUUUUUUCUGACAUUUUCAAUCGUGCAUUUCAUGGUACAAGCAGGAGGUGAACGUCAUUCAGCGUUUAAAUUAAAUGGCACCAAAUACAACGCAGCAGACCUGAGACAGAAAUUGAGAAGCUCUUGGAUCAGAUUUUUGUAGCCUAGAGACAACUUUUAAGUCACAGGUGGUCUCUUUUAGAAUAGUAAAUAGUUUAUCUACAUUUCAAAACACAUAUAAAGGUCUUACAGUUGUAUUUUUGACUGCAGGAUCGUUUUUAUACACUCAUUGGUUUUGUCACUUUUUUAAACCUUUUUACGGUUAAAAAUGUUUGCCUCUAUGUCUGUACAGAACAAAGCUGCUAUUUUAUUCUUUUUCUCUUUUGGAUGUUAUAUAUAAAGAAAUCCUUCAGGUUUGGUAUUUUAUGGUCUCCACUACAGUCCAUUUCUAAUACCCUCAAAGUCUGUUUAGAAAAAUUUUAAAUAAAACAACAAAAAGUUAUCCCGAAAGGUUUUCUGUAACACUACAUUUUGUUAAUUGCCUUUUCUUUUUAUGGAAUGUUUCCUUCUGUAUUUGUGGAUGUCUAUAUUAUUAUUAUUGUUAUUAUUAUUAUUAUUAUUAUUAUUAUUGUUAUUAUUAUUAUUAUUAUUAUUAAUAAUAAUAAUAUUAUUAUUAUUUGUAAUUGACACCUUAGCUCAAUGCGAGAGCGGAGUGUGUACUUUCUGCACCCUUUUUUUUUGUACUUGUUGUCUAGCACUGCACCUGGCAAUGCCCACUAGGUGCGACUCAAUCUCAGGUCAAAGUAAAGGCUUUGCUUUCUCCACACAUUCUCAUAAUCAUCCUGUACUUGCCUCACCUGAUCACCCUCCUUUCCUGCCCUGAUCACGUUUUGUAAAGUUAAAUAGUGCCCUCUCUCCUUCCCCUCUGGCCCCUCCCUUUCUUCUAAAGCAAAACUGUAUCCGUUCACCCCCCCCCCCCCCCCCCGGUGCCUCUGUUUAAAGUCAGGAUAAGUUCCAAUGUACAAGACAGUUACCAGAUCUGGUAUUUUUAACCCAUCCGCUUCCUGCCUCGUUUUUGAAUAAAGAGGGCUAAUUAGGUUGUCUUGUUUGCCUUAAUUAUGCCAACCAUCUUUGAACCUUUUAACAUCUACUCCCCUCCCCCCCAAGCACAGUGCUACUUCUUCUGACUUAUUGUUUAUCAUCAUAACGACUGCUUCUUAAAACCAAAUAAAGGAUGGGUUAAAGUCCAGGGAAGGGAACACGUUUCAAUGUCAUGAAUGGAAAAAGGUCUUAAAAAGGCUGAAUACUGAAAGUGUUCUGAAGGAUUUCUCCUCAUGUUGCCUAGUGAUCCCCCCCCCCCCCCCCCCCUUCUUUUAUUUUAUUUUAAUUUUUUCUCUGUAGGAGUGUUAUUUAUUUAUUUUUUUAUUUUCCUUUUGUGAUAUCAGUUUAAAUCACUGUAUAAAUGCCCCAUGAUUCAUUAUAAAGUUGACUUUUUUUUGUAUGCAUUUUCUUUGGUGUCAUGACUGGGGGACUUAAAACUUUUUUUUUUUUUUUUUUCCCCUUUAAGCAUAUAUCUACCUCACUCUUUUUAAAUAUAUGUAUGCGUAUGGAAAACAAAUACAUCUCACUCUUUCUCAUUGGUUUUUACAGAAACCUCACCUGGAUAAAACCCACAGGGAUCUAGAUAAACCUCACAAAGUGGACAAAACGCACGAGAUGGAAUGCAAGUGUUGUUACGUUAGCUCAGCCCAGCGGGAUAUACCUAUAGAAAGAAAAGGGCCGUGUGUCGCUGAAAAUUGAAUAGCAGCCAUUAGUGCAGUGUGGUUUUAGUCUCAGUGUUAAAUGUAAAUGGGUAUUUAUGUGAGGACAUCGACCUACACUGUAUUUUAACCAGGUAGUUAUCAGUGUUAUGAGGCAGGUGCAGUAAGUGAUAAGACAGGAGGCCAGGGCUCAACACCACACAUUCCAUCUCCAAACCUAAUGUCACAACCUCAAAUCCUCAAAAGACAAAAACUUUAAUUUUCUCUUCUAAAAUGCAUUUAUAUAAAAGUCUAAAAAAUAUAUAUAUAACAUGGGAAAUAUUUAAAAAGGGAACCGUUUUCUUCACCUCCAACAAAAUGAUUUGACCUGCGGCCUGCGAUGCUGCAAGUAUACGGCGCAACUCCACUUCUCACUUUAUUCCAAACAAACAGAUGGCAUUCGCUUUUUCAAAAAAACAAACAAAAAAACUACAUUCAGUAGAUAGAUCAAUACUGUGAAUGUAACAGGGAUAGUUCUGUAUUUUCUACAAGAUGGAGAAAGCAGCGACUCCACCUCCUACACAUUUCUAACUACUGUAGGAGCUCCUAAAUGAAUGAUUUCAAUGUUGGAAUCAAAGGAGCAGUAAAACAGUGUCAUUCUGUACCCUUGUAAACUCUUUGUUGUUACGUGAAUGUCAUUUCCUCCCCAUCCAAGUCUACCUGCUGAAUGCCAUGACAUUCUGGCUCUUAAUGUUCAUUUCCACUACCGUUAUUGGUGUGACUCCCUCAAUGACCAUUUUCGGUCAUUUUCAGUCAAAUCUGCACGCCUUAUUCUGGCCUGUUGUACUGCUACUUAAAAUAAUGCUGCUGGUUCAAGUCACCUCAGUGGAUCUUAUUUUGUCACCAAAAAAAAAGAAAAGAAAGAAGGAGAGAACAAAUGCGAAUGGUGGCAAAGUAGCUUUUACAUCUCAAAGCGUCUCAUUAAAAACCUCAGUGCUACUUUUUACUCAUGGUGGCUACUCGGCAAGCGUUAUCUCAGUGCAAGGGCUUGUGGGCUGGGAGUAUUAGAUCAUUUGCAUUCAUUUGUUCAUUCAGAUAUCCAAAAGCAAUAAAAAAUGGGAUCACGAAUAGGCAACCAGGUAACUUCUAAUGUGAAAUUUGGGUGCUCAGUUAAAGUUCUUCUAAACCAUAUUCAUGUGUGAUUUAAGGUAACAUAAAAAGAAAACAGUCUGAUCGCUGCUUAAUAUCACAAUGGCAUAAAAAUCACCACUGACAAGCAAACAACUUAGGUAGUUACUUAACAUAUCUAUGCAUUUAUGUUUCUUUUCUUUUUUUCUUUUUUUUUUUUUGGUUUGGCUGUAUCAUAAUAUAUGUCAACUUUCCAGUUCUGGGAGUAGACACUGACCUGUUCUGAGGCAAAUAGCUAUUGAAUAACUAGUUACAGUUAGAUCACAAACCUGUCAAAGCUACAGCAUUUACGAUAAACACGUGGACAUAUUUAGGACAGGGAUGUUGCGUAGAUUACGGGUAGUCACGGUGAAGAGUAAUCAUGGUUAGAAAAAGAUGAUAGUUUACAGCUUCAUGCUCUAGUUUUUGCAUUACCUUAGGGUUAACAGCAUAAAUAUACACUACAGUUUAAUCAUUUUCAUCAUUUCAAUUCUUCAGAAUGUUCUUCAUGCAAAUGUCAGGUUUAUGGAUGAUGCACCAGUGCAUUCAAACUGCAAUAAUAAGUUUGAGGUUCACCAUCAUCGCACCUCUGUUUUUAAUGAUUUGCAUUCCUAUACCUUCUAAGGGGGCCUUGGUCUACUACUAUUACUUUAUUAUGAUGCUUUCACGAAAUCUGUGUGUUCAUUACUUGAUUGGGGAAAGAAAUAAUCAAAAAAAAAAUCACUAGACUGUCUUCUUUCAAGCUCUGUAUCUGAGGCCUCAAAGUUUUUCAAACCUAUAGCUGAGGUGGUGUAUUUUUUAAAACACCUUCUUCAAAUAUGUAU